CGCCUGCUGCCUCAUUACGGAACACCUCUUCAAAAGUUGAGUGGCACGCUAGUUCAUCUGUGUCCUGUGUUUCUAGGGCUGUAAGCUGUUAAAGAACACCGCCAUGGCCGCCUCACAAGAGCUGAAGAUCGGCCAGAAGCUAAAUGAAGGCAAAACGAAGCAGAUUUUUGAGCUGGUGGACCAGCCCGGACUGGUUCUGGUCCAGUCCAAAGACCAGAUCACUGCUGGGAAUGCGGUGAGGAAAGACCAAAUGGAGGGCAAGGCUGCCAUAGCCAACAAAACCACGAGCUCCGUGUUCAAGCUGCUCCAGGAAUCCGGUAUUAAGACUGCCUUUGUGAAGCAGCACUCGGACACAGCGUUCAUCGCUGCCCACUGUGAAAUGAUUCCCAUUGAGUGGGUGUGUCGGAGAGUGGCGACCGGAUCCUUUCUCAAGAGGAAUCCGGGAGUCAAAGAGGGCUACCGCUUCUCUCCCCUUAAGAUGGAGAUGUUCUUUAAAGAUGAUGCCAACAAUGAUCCUCAGUGGUCAGAGGAGCAGCUGCUGGAGGCCAAGUUCUGUCUGGCCGGCCUCACUAUCGGUCAGUGCGAGGUGGACAUCAUGAAUCGCAGCACUGUGGCCAUCUUUGAGAUUCUGGAGAAGGCCUGGGCCACUCAGAACUGCACAUUGGUGGAUAUGAAGAUUGAGUUUGGCGUGAAUGUGAAAACUCAAGAGAUUGUCCUCGCUGAUGUGAUCGACAACGAUUCGUGGAGGCUGUGGCCAGCCGGCGAUCGAAGCCAGCAAAAAGAUAAGCAGGUGUACCGAGACCUUAAAGAAGUUACCCCAGAGGCCAUGCAGAUGGUGAAGAGGAACUUUGAGUGGGUCUCUGAAAGGGUCAAGCUGCUGCUGGAGCCCCAGGCCAGCGGGAGGGUGGUGGUUCUGAUGGGCUCCACCUCGGACAUGGCCCACUGUGAAAAAAUCAAGAAGGCCUGCGCCUCCUACGGGAUCCCCUGCAUCCUCAGAGUCACCUCGGCACACAAAGGUCCAGAUGAGACGCUCCGCAUCAAAGCAGAAUAUGAAGGUGACGGUGUGCCUACUGUGUUUGUGGCUGUGGCCGGCAGAAGUAACGGUCUCGGUCCAGUGAUGUCGGGAAACACAGCUUAUCCCGUCAUAAACUGCCCACCGCUCACUCCAGAUUGGGGUGCACAGGAUGUCUGGUCAUCCCUCCGCAUGCCAAGUGGUCUCGGCUGCUCCACAAUCCUCUCCCCUGAUGCCGCUGCUCAGUUUGCAGCGCAGAUCUUCGGCCUGACCGAUCACCUGGUGUGGUGCAAGCUGAGGGCCUCAAUGCUCAACACCUGGGUGUCUCUCAAGCUGGCAGACAAGAAGCUACAGGCCUGCAGCCUCUGAAGUGGCGCUCAGGAACUCUUAGAGCCUAGUGUGCUCCUUUGGGGCGCCACUGUCUGUCAUGCUACGUCUUUGUUUACUGCUACAAGCCCACUAACGGUAGAUUUGAAUCUACAAGUACUUUCUCACACACAUCAAUCAUUCCAUUGAAAGAGAGAAAAUAAUUAAAAGCUUCUUAAUUAAA